UCGGUGGCCCAGUUUUGUGUGCGUCUGUUUAACGAGUUGGCGAAUAGUGCCGCUUCAAAGUGUUAAGAACUCCGUCGUUGGAGUACACACUUGUACUAUAAGAACAGCUUCCGGCACGCCAAAUUCUGUUGAGCGGGUGCAAGUCGUGCCGGUUGCACCGACACGCUUGAAUUUCCGGGCGCUCGCCUUCGCGCGGAGUUGGCACCGACGCAGCACCGGCGAUGGGUCUGCUGUCGCUGUUGCGUAAGCUGCGACCGGCGCAGGAGCGUGAGGUGCGCCUCCUGCUGCUGGGGCUCGACAACGCCGGUAAGACGACUCUGCUGAAGGCGCUCGCUUCGGAAGACAUCACGCAGAUCACGCCCACGCAGGGCUUCAACAUCAAGUCGGUGUUGUCAGAGGGCUUCAAGCUCAACGUGUGGGACAUCGGUGGUCAACGCAAGAUCCGACCCUACUGGCGCAACUACUUUGACAACACGGACGUUCUGAUCUACGUGAUCGACAGCGCCGACCGCAAGCGGUUCGACGAGACGGGCCAGGAGCUGGCCGAGCUGCUGGCCGAAGACAAGCUGGUGGGUGUGCCUGUGCUCAUCUUCGCAAACAAGCAGGACCUCUUCAACUCAGCGCCUGCCUCCGAGAUAGCCGAGUCGCUCGGGCUGCACGUGAUCCGCGACCGCGAGUGGCAGAUCCAGGGCUGCUCGGCCUCCUCCAACGAGGGCGUUAAGGAGGGUAUGGAGUGGGUCUGUAAGAGCAUAAAGCGUAAGUAGUGGUGACCACCGCCAGCCGCCUCCGUCCACUGGUUCCUCCUCCGUGCCGUCUGCCGUCUCUGCCCGCUGCGGUCUCCCGAUACCGAAUGUCGUCCCGUGAUCUCCCGACACCGGAUGUCAUCCC